GGAACAGGGUACCGGGGAGCCUCGGAUUUGUUUCUGGGACUGGGGUGCGGCGGCUUCUGGACUCCGAUCCCCACCUCCGCAGGAAACGCCCAGAACCACCCCAGCGCCUUGGUCUACAAAGCCCGGAGAGUCCGAAGGCGGGAGGGGUCGGGCGCGCUCGGGAGGCAGGAGGAUCCCCCUCACUCUCAGCCUCACACCCGACUCCCCCAUCAGGCCGCCUCCAGCCCCAUGAGGACCCCCAGGCUGGGGCUGAGAGCCUGGCGCAGCCCGGACCGAAAUCUUGCGGCGGCCUCAGAGCGUUAGACAGGUCAGUGCCCGGGCGGGAUGAGGGGCCGAGCCGGAGGCGGGAAGAGGCGCGCACGCAGGUCCACCUUGUCCCCCCGCACAGCUUCCCGAGGCCACUCACGGGGUCACCUCCGCCGGGGCCACCCAGUAGCGCGGGCGUGAUUCUGCAUUUUUCAUGACAGGCAAGGUGUGGCGCUGCCCUCUGCAGCCCAGCCGGGGCCAGGUGAUGCUCGGACUGAGGGGUUGGGGGAUGCGCGGGCCAGGGGAGGUGGCGGGCUCGGGAACACCCGCUAUUCUGAUAAAAUGGUACUCUUCUACUUAUGAGCCGCCGCAUCGAAACCACUACCUCCAACGUUCUCUUGCUUCAAGAUGCCCGGCCUCAGGCGUGAGAGGAAAGCAAGAUGCGGGAGAGGGAGAGAAGAAAGGAGGCCGGGAGACCCGAGGCCCGGGAAGUGAGGGGAGGGGACAGGGGUACCGAUUCGCUAUGCAAAUCCUGGCGCGCGAGAUGUGGAAAGCCCCGGGUGGCCGGCAGGAACCUCCGGAAGCGCGGGGGCCCCAACCCACGCCUUCGCUCCCCACCUUUCUCACUCUCCCAUCCCUACCGCCCACCCAGGAUGCGGCUGGGCCGCCGGGCCCUCUGUGUGCUGGUCCUGCUGCUCGCCUGCGCCUCGCUGGGGCUCCUGUACGUGAGCACCCGGGUCGCGCCGGGCCUCCAGGCACCUCUUGCGCUGUGGACGCCCCUGCAGGGCAACCCCAGGCCAGAAUUGCCAGGUCUUGCCCCCGAGCCCCGGUACGCACACAUCCCAGUCAGGAUCAAGGAGCAAGUGGUGGGGCUGCUGUCCACAAACAACUGCAGUUGUGAGUCCAGUGGGGGGAGCCUUCACCUCCCCUUCCAGAGGCAGGUCCAAGCCAUUGACUUCACCAAGGCCUUUGACCCUGAGGAGCUGAGGGCUGCAUCUGCCUUGAGGGAGCAGGAGUUCCAGGCCUUCCUUUCAAGGAGCCAGUCUGCUGCUGACCAGCUGCUCAUAGCCCCUGCCAACUCCCCACUACAGUACCCCCUGCAGGGUGUGGAGGUCCAGCCCCUCAGGAGCAUCUUGGUGCCAGGACUGAGCCUGCAGGCCACUUCUGGUCAGGAGGUAUACCAGGUGAACCUGACUGCCUCCUUGGGCACCUGGGACGUGGCAGGGGAAGUGACUGGAGUGACUCUCACUGGAGAGGGGCAGCCAGAUCUCACCCUCGCCAGCCCAGGGCUGGACCAACUCAAUCGGCAGCUGCAACUGGUGACUUAUAGCAGCCGAAGCUACCAGGCAAACACAGCAGACAUAGUCCGGUUCUCCACCGAGGGACACAAAGUUGCCUUCACCAUACGCAUAAGACACCCACCCAGCCCUCAGCUGUACCCACCUGGGUCUCUACCCCUGGGAGGUGAGACUGCCCAGUACAACAUCAGCGCUCUAGUCACCAUUGCCACUAAGACCUUCCUUCGUUACAAUCGGCUACGGGCACUCAUCGCCAGCAUCCGCCGCUUCUACCCGACAGUCACAGUGGUAAUCGCCGACGACAGCGACAAGCCAGAGAGCAUUAGAGGUCCCCACAUCGAGCACUAUCUCAUGCCUUUUGGCAAGGGCUGGUUCGCAGGCCGGAACCUGGCCGUAUCCCAAGUAACCACCAAGUACGUGCUGUGGGUGGACGACGACUUCGUCUUCACGGCGCGGACACGACUGGAGAGGCUUGUGGACGUGCUGGAGCGGACGCCGCUGGACCUGGUCGGGGGCGCGGUGCGCGAGAUCUCCGGCUUCGCCACCACGUACCGGCAGCUGCUGAGCGUGGAGCCCGGCGCGCCAGGCCGCGGGAACUGCCUCCGGCAGAAGCGCGGCUUCCACCACGAGCUCGUCGGCUUCCCAGGGUGCGUGGUCACCGACGGCGUGGUCAACUUCUUCCUGGCGCGCACUGACAAGGUGCGCGAGGUCGGCUUUGACCCGCGCCUCAGCCGCGUGGCGCACCUGGAAUUCUUCCUGGAUGGACUUGGUUCUCUUCAGGUGGGCUCCUGCUCAGACGUUGUUGUGGAUCACGCAUCCAAGUUGAAGUUGCCUUGGACAUCACGGGACGCCAGGGCAGAGACUUAUGCUCGGUACCGUUACCCGGGAUCCCUGGAUGAAAGUCAGGUGGCCAAACACCGCCUGCUCUUCUUCAAACACCGGCUCCAGUGCAUGACCUCAGAGUGACGGCCACUCGGGGCCUUCCAACCGUCAGGCUGGGCCUACCUCCUUGCACCUGCCAGGAAUAUCUAGCAAAGCCCACCAGCCAGUGACCACUCCACUGACUGUCUCCAAU